GAUCCGCUCAUUCAGUUCAGUAGUGCUCAGCUCGGUUGGAGCGACCACGGUUCGUGUCGAUUGCGAAUCCGCAGGCCAGCGUGUUCCGUUGCCAUUGUCGGUUUGGAUCGCGGAGAGGGUCUUGCAAGUAAAAUUCAUGUUAAUGAAUGUUAAUUUAUACAUUUGUAAGAAUCUAAAAUCUGUUUUUCCAUACACAACAAUUAUUGACGCGGCACUCGCUUGGCGGCGAUUUCGAAUUUUGAAGCAGUCGCGCCCGAAACGUCGCCGCGAACGCAACGAUCGGUUAACGGUAAAGCUAUAGAAGGGCUCCCACUUUGAUACCAGUAGUAGUAGUCCUAGGGGAGAUUAGUCCAGAAUGGAUCCCGAGUUCGUGAACAAAUACAAUCAGGUCCUUAGCCGUCUGAAGCUGGUGGAGAACUUCGAUGGCAGUGAUCCUGGCAAGCUGCCGCAGUUCCUGCACAAAAUCGAGGCCCUCAUGCCGGCCAUAAAUAGUUUCGACGACUAUUACAAGUCUCAGUUGAUAGGACAUAUCAAAAAUAAGUGCACAGAUCGCGCCAGGGAGGCGGUCUUCACGCGACAAAUGAGCGCACCCGUGGGCAAUGGCAAUUGCGCCGUGAAUGGCCACCUCCUGAAGGCCGAGUCCUGGCUAAAACUCAAGGAUCAACUGCUGUACAACUAUGCGGAGCGGGAGUCCAGCUACUCGCUGAUACACAAGAUACGCAGCGCUGUCCUGGACUCGAACAUAGAGCUGUACUACCAGAAGAUGGCCAAGCUCAAGCACAGACUGAUCAAUAGAAAGCUCACGCACAAUGACACCCUGUAUAGUCUCGAGGACAUAGAGCGCAUCACGCUGCAGGUGUUCCGGGAUCAUCUGCCCGAGCCGACGCACUCGAUGAUCCUGCGCCGGAAUCCCAAGAGCAUGGAGGAGGCCUAUCGCUACAUAGUGGAGGUGCAGCAGCAGUUCUACACGCAGAGCGGAUCUCUGGCCAGUGACCACCAGGCGGCCACCUUCAGCACCAGCCACAAGCAGCAGUCCUACGGCGUGGGAAUGGGCGGAGUGGGCGUGAGCACCGUGGGAGUGGGCGUGGGCAUGGGCAUUGGCAUGGGCGCCGUCGGCCUGGGACUCUCCUCCUACGUCCGUCAAAUGUCCAACGACAAGGGCCAACAGAAUAGCACGAAGAGCUACUACAAUCAGUCGGCUCCGCCCGUGGGCGCCGGCAAGAACCAUCCGAUGUUCAAGAGCAUGGGCAACCCCACCUUCAAGUCCAGCUUCAGCUACAAUGGCACCAGCAGCAAUUCGGGCAUGGGAUCGAAUUACUCGAGUGCCAAGAAGUCGGACAUCAAGCAGAGCUACCAGCAGCAGAGGAGCCAGAACUACUCGAAGACCUCAUCGGCGAGUGCUUGGAAGAAGUAGUAGUAGUGGACAUGGCUAGACGAUCUCCCCCUCCAAUCGAUCGGCGGUCCAGUGAGAUGAGCGUAUCGAGCAUGACCUAAUCCCUUGGAGCCUGUGACUAAGCCAGGGCAAUGUGAUUGCCACCUCAUGCUAAUUACCCCGAUAGCUCACCCUCUAAUGGCGAUGAGGUGGCCGAAGAUUAUAGGAUGUGAAUAUAGAUUAAAUUGUGAUGUGAGAGCCAUACUGGGUGCAACGAGAUGGAGGUGAUCAGCCCUGUUCCGCGAUAAUCGUAACCAAUCCCUAUCAGUACAACUAAGACGAUAAUGAUGUGAAUGUUCAAAGAAAACAAAUAAUACAAAUGUUAAUGUUAUAACUAACAAUGCGGCAAUUUAAAUACCUCCAUGGAUUAAGCGUACUAGAUUGCACAUGCAAAUAAAACAAAACCAUGUGAAUGAAUACAGAUGAAGAUAAUACAAAUAGAAAGUAAGGGCAUUGCGAUAAUAGAAAGCUAUGUACUAUCAACUUGAAAUUAAAACAACUAAAAGUAUAGAAUCACCAAUUCGAGCUGAUAGCAAUGAUCUUGUCGAAAUACAAGAUAAUUAAGCCGAUCGAGAUAAUUGAAUGCAUGAUGUUCGAUCUUCGGUAAUGAUGACAUCGAUCGCGUGUCCAUCGAUGAUGAUCGAUCCGCAGACAGUAUCGACAUGUUAAUUAUUAGCUCAUAAGACCCGAGUGUACAUAGCCCCACCACACCUCAGCACCAGUCACAUUACCCCCUAUAUCUAUCCACCGCCAAUCGCCUAUUUUUAACAACAAUCGCCCACCUUCAAAUUCUGUUUUUUUUGUUAACAAUAAAGUGUAAAGUCUAA